AUUUUCACUACCCCUCCUGAUGCAUACCAGAUGGACUGGAGCUUCAUUUCCUGUUCUUUCUCUUGCAGACCCACCUCUCAAAGUGGAGCUACUCAACCAAAGUGGUUUUCCUUAGGACGGACCCUCUGGCUACAGUACAUGAUCCUGAUCAGAGACGUAAAUGGGGUUACUGGCGCCCUUUGUCAUGGAAUAGAUCUUAAGGAGUCUGGAUCUGUACCACAGUAAUUUAGUUUACAACAUGAAGAACAAGCUAUUAUUAUUUACUGCCAGAAGUGUUACUGUAACGACUCGGCGCGUAUCAUGGACCCGACCCCCACGCAGCAGACAGUGAUGGAGUCCCCAGAAGUUCCCUCCGCCCCCCAGGAGGUUGACCCAAGUUCCCCUGCCCCAACAUCUGAGCUCCCAGCAACUACCAAUGCUGAUCAGGCAUAUGAGCCUUUAAGUUAUGAUGAGCUGUUCCCAGCCUUGCCCAAUGCUGGUCUCAAUCAAGCACCUGUAAUGGAAGCCAAUGAAAGCAACUGGAGUAAGAACAGUGACAUGCGCAUUGCCUCUUCUGUUAUAACUCAGGUAUUCCGUGUUCCUUAUGAAGAGAGAGUAAAGAUUGAUGGAAACAACCAGUUUGGUGAAUCUGCAUCUUCCCGUAUUUGUGCCGACAUAACCACCCGUACUAAUGCCCACAUUGAGAUCUCAUCUGCCAAAGAUCAGUCCUUGACAUUCUUAGUAACAGGCAAAAAUGAUGCUGUUAUGAAGGCCAAGAGGCUCAUCUUGGAGAAGUUCCAGACUCAGGCUCGUCAAAUUGUCAAAAUUCCAAAGGAGCAUCAUCGUUUCAUUCUUGGAAAGAAAGGAAAGAAAUUGCAGGAGUUAGAGAGUAUUACAGCUACGAAGAUCCAGAUCCCCAAUGCCAAUGACAAUUCGGAUGAGAUUGUUGUUGUAGGAACAAAGGACAGCAUAGAAAAGGCUAUGCAUGAAAUUCGUCUUAUUUCGGAUGAGCAGAGCAAGCAAGCUUAUGAGAAACUAGAAAUUCCCAAGCAGUACCAUCCCUUCAUCUGUGGUGCAAACAAUGAAAAAAUCAUAGGUCUGAUGACAGAAAACAAUGUCAGGAUUAAUGUUCCACCACCCAGUGUCAUGAAGAAUGAAAUUACCAUUGCAGGAGAGAAGGAUGGCGUCAUUCUCUGCAAAGAUAUUAUUACCAAGUGUUUUAAGGAAAUGGAGCGCAAGUGUCAGACUGUGUCUGUUGAAGUUCGCAAAUCACAGCAUAAGUAUGUCAUUGGACCACGUGGUGCAAACAUUACAGAAAUCUUACAGCAGACGGGGGUAUCUGUUGAAAUGCCACCAACAGAUUCUCCGUCUGAAACUAUAACUCUCCGUGGCCUUCAGGAUAAACUUGGUCAGGCACUGACAUUGGUUUAUGCUAAAGCCAAUAGCUUUAUGCAGAUCGAUGUCGAGGCUCCAACUUGGCUUCACAAAUUUAUCAUUGGUCGGAAAGGAGCCAAUAUCCGACAGAUAACACAGGACCUUCCUAAAGUUCAUGUUGAGUUCACUGAUAAGCAGGGAGGCAUCCGGCUUGAAGGUCCUCCUGAGGAGGUUGAAGAAGCCAGGGAGAAGUUGGAAACUAUGAUUGCAGAGAUGAAGAGCAAACUGACUUAUGAUCAAAUUACUGUGGAUCCCAAGUUCUACAAGCACAUCAUUGGAAAGAGUGGAUCAAAUAUUAACAGGAUUCGUAAUGAUACUGGGGUUCUCAUCAAUAUAUCUGAAGCUGAUGGAAGCAAUCUUAUUCGGUUGGAGGGAAGCCCAGAAGGUGUCUCGCAGGCCAAAAAAGAACUAGAGGAUAUGGUUGCCAAGAUGGAAAAUGAAAAGGAAAGGGACAUCAUUAUCGAACAGAGGUUCCAUAGAACAAUCAUCGGCACUAAGGGAGACAAAAUCCGGGAAAUCAGGGAGAAAUUCAAUCAGGUUCAGAUCUCAUUCCCAGACCCAGGUGAAGCAUCAGACAUAGUAAGGAUUCGUGGACCCAAGGACGAUGUUGAUCAGUGCUAUGCUUUCUUGAAACGAAUGCUACGUGACUUGUUGGAAUCAAAUUUCCAAAUUAAAGUCUCUAUCUUCCGUCAGUUCCACAAAUUUGUUAUUGGCAAGGGAGGUGCAAACAUUAAUAAGAUUCGUGAGGAAACGAACACACGCAUUGAUUUACCCUCAGAAGGCCAGAACAGUGAUGAAAUCAUUAUUACAGGAAAGAAAGAAAAUUGUGAAAAAGCACGUGAUCGUAUUCAGAAGAUACAGGAAGAAUUGGCCAACAUCGUCGAAUUGGAUAUUAUAAUCCCAUCAAAGUUCCAUAACUCAAUGAUUGGAGCUGGUGGAAAGUUGAUUCAGAGCGUUAGUGAGGAAUGUGGAGGAGUUGCCAUCAAGUUCCCACCUCCUGAUGCUAACUCUGAUAAGGUAACCAUUAGAGGACCCAAGGAUGAAGUCCAGAAAGCUAAGCAGAUGUUAGUAGAACUGAGCAAUGAAAAGCAGUUAGCCAGUUUUACUACAGAAGUACGCGCCAAACCUCAGCACCACCGAUUCUUGAUUGGACGAAAUGGUGCAAACAUUCGUAAGAUCCGUGAUGCUACUGGAGCAAGAAUUAUAUUCCCUACAGACAAAGAUGAAGAUAAGGAACUCAUAACAAUUAUUGGUAAAAAGGAUGCUGUAGCUAAAGCUAAGGAGCAGCUUGAGACGACAAUCAAAGAGCUUGAUUUAAUAGUAGAAGACACAAUGACUGUGGAUCCUAAACACCACCGUCAUUUUGUAGCACGUAGGGGAGAAGUUCUCCGUCAGAUUGGUGAUCAGUAUGGAGGGGUUACUGUCUCAUUCCCAAGGGCUGGUGUUCAAAGUGACAAGGUAACUCUGAAAGGAGCAAAGGAGUGUGUAGAGGCAGCUAAGGCUCGCAUUUCUGAAAUUGUUACAGAAUUGGAUGAGAUUAUAAGCAUGGAAGUGAUUAUUCCACAAAAAUACCAUCGUACAGUAAUGGGAGCUCGUGGUAGUAAGGUUCAGGCUAUCACUACAGAAUUUGAUGUACAGAUUAAGUUCCCUGAGAAAGAUUUGAAUAUUGAUAUGUCACAGAUGCAGAUUAAUGGAGAAGUUAAUGGUGAUGCCGAGCCGGUUACUAGGCCUCGGGACAUUGUUCGCUUGUCUGGCAAAAAAGAGAAGUGUGAAGCUGCUAGAGAUGCCCUGUUGGCAUUAGUCCCAAUAACUGUAGAAGAGCAAGUAGCGUUUAGACAUCACAGAUUUAUCAUAGGACAGAAGGGAGAGAAUGUACGUAACAUGAUGACCGAGUAUGAUGUGAACAUACAGGUUCCACCUCCACAAGAAGAAAGUGACAUUAUUAAGAUAACCGGUCCCCCAGCCAACACAGAAAGGGCUAAAGAAGCUCUCAAGCUAAAAGUUGCCCAGCUGGAGGAAGAAGAACUGGAUCGGCAAGCUAGGUCAUUCCAGAUUCGCAUGGAAGUUGACCCUGAAUAUCACCCUAAGAUCAUUGGUAAGCGGGGAGCUGUGAUCUCUAAGAUUAGAGAAAAGCAUGAUGUAAAUAUUCAGUUCCCACCUAGAGGUGACCCAGAAGAAAGUGUAAUCACUAUAACAGGUUAUGAAAAGAAUGUGAAUGAUGCCAAAGCUGCCAUUUUAGCCAUUACUGGGGAACUGGAUAAGAUGGUCAAGGAUACAGUAGAAAUAGACAGCAGAAUUCAUUCUCGCCUUAUUGGAACUCGUGGCCGUGCCAUUAGAAAAAUUAUGGAGGAUUACAAGGUGGAAAUUAAAUUCCCUCGUGGAGAUGAUGAUCCAAACACUGUUACCAUAAUGGGAACUGCAGAGGAUGUUGAAGAAUGUAAAGACCAUCUUCUCAAUCUGAUGGAGGAAUACAUGCAAGAUAUUGUGGAGAGAGAGGAUAUGGAGUUCUACAUGAGUCCAAAUAAAGGAAACAAUAGUGUAUUCCAAUCUGAUGAUUCAGCUCCACAAGGCACAAGGGGUGGUGGCACUCCAGGAAAGCAAGGGUUUGUGGUUAGUGGUGCUCCUUGGGCACAGGAGGCUCCUAACAUGAAUUCCUCUGAAGAUUUCCCAUCCAUGGGUGCACCGGCAUUCCAGGCUGCAGCUCCUACCAUCUGGGGCCCUCGUCGUUAAGAGACUUUGGAUGCUUGUUCACCGAAACCUCUGCGAUCUUUCUUUCUCAGUUUGAUAAAUCCAGGCAGCAGCUCAUGUCUAAUCUAUGCAUAUUUUUUUAUAUGAAUAUUUAGAUGUAUAGUUCUGAAUAUUGUAAGUUUUGUUGUUAGUGAAUUAUAUUUGUUAAUAGACAAAAUUUUGUUAUUUUUGUGCAAAAUUUAAUAUUUUUGUGAUACAGAGAUCUUAAUUUCUUGGUUUUGUUGCAAUAUUUAAGUCAUAAGGUACGUAAUGUAAGAUACUAGGUUUCUUUUUGUAUGUGGUGUAAGGGUAUAUAAAGUUAUACUUAGCUAUACCUUAGCAGACAUUGCUUGCUUAUAUGUACUGGACAGUUUUGAUUGGGGGAUCAUUCCUGCCCAGAUGUUUAUACUUUUUUUAUUACAUGAUGCUGUGUGGUGUUUUAUUUUUCAUGAUAAUUUAAGUUAAUGCCAUGGAAAACCUACUUUCUAAUCAUCUAUGAAACUAGGGGGACACUAACAUAAGUCACCUGGAUUCUUUGCAAACUUCAUUGUCCAGAGUGUCUAACAAGGCAUCUCUAGACCCAGGUGACAUUUUAAAAUACAGUAUAUAUAUAUACAUAUAUAUAUUAAAAAGUCAAAGAAAAAACAUCCCAUCACAAGUGGAUCCUCACUGUCUUGCUGCACGAUGACGACCUUUUAACCUGACCUGGCCAACGCUAAUUGGAAAUAUUCACUUUACAAUGAGUCAUUCUGCCAGUCUUCCCAGAUGUACACCAUAAACAAACCCUGGACGUGAGGUGUCUUCUGAUUAUAACCAUCCCUUCUCAUAGGGGUUCAAUGCAAUUCUAGCCUCCAUUCUUAAAUGUUCUAUGCUUGUAUUGUCUCCUGCCAUGUGUGACAGGAUUUAAGUCUUUGUGAAUUCCUCACAUGCAGGGGUUGUCAGGGGCUCUACUACUGAUAUGAAUGUGAAAAAGGAAACUUAAAAAUAUUUGUUAUAAUUUUGUUAUUUUUAAGAAAAAAGAAUUACAGUUGUUACUAUACAGUAUAUUUUGUGUAUUUCAAGACAGAGGUGAGGUUACGCGAAAAAGUGGCACCUUGAGUCAACCGACUCGUUAAGGAAAGUGCUGCUAUAUGUGGUUUUCACUUAAUAAACUUAUAUUGGUAUAA